AUGGCUCUCAAAGUCGCAUUGUCUUCUCUUCUUUUUCUACUCUCACUCAUCACUCUCGUCGCAAUCGCUGCCUCUGAGAACUGCACCUGCACGUAUGCUAUAAGUGUUCAAACCGAACAUAAGGAUCGGGCAGGAACAGAAUCCAAGAUUAGCCUCUGUGUAAAGGACGUUAAUGUCACUAUCUUUAAACCAGACAACCUUAGAGAUUGGGGCAUCAUGGAACCUGGUCAUGACUACUUUGAGAAGGGCAACCUCGACUUCUUCAAAGGCGAGCAAGUUGGCCUCCACCCUUGCCUCAUCACUGUCACAUCCGAUGGCUCAGGGAAGAAUUCAGCAUGGUACUUGGAUCACGUCAAAAUUGCUAUCGAUGGCCCAACCAUAUCUGCUACCGUAGACUUUUUGGUGGACUGA